UUUCAUUGGCCGAGGACCUUUACGUCGCGCAUCUCCUGUCGACUUUGAUUGGCUCCGACGCGCCCACUCUUGCAGCUGCGCAAGACUGCCCCCUUCCUUCUCACCGCUCUGUGACAGUCACCGGCCAUUCUGGGGGCAGCGGAGGAGGAGCUGCGUCACCGGCUGUAGAGUGACAGGGCGCAUGGGAACGGGGCUCCUUAUCGCUACACCGUGGGAAGCAUAAACCUCUUCCCGAUUUUGGGGGGGAGGUUAAUCCCUGUAUGUGCACGGACAUGUCCUCCAAUCACCCCAGAGUGAAACGCACUUCCAGUUCCCCUACUAAUGGCCCCCCAGCAGGGGCAGGUGGAUCUGGCAGCCGCCUCCUUCAGCCCAUCCGCGCUACCGUGCCCUUUCAGCUCUUGCACAGCCCCAGCCGCUCCCCUUCCGCCUCAGUUGGAAGUAACACGGAGCCUGCACCCCCUAGUCCCUCAAACGGCACCCCGCCACCCCCUCUCCUUCCCCAGCAUCACACCUCGAGCGGUGAAGCGGCCGGAGCCCGAGUCCACAGGAGGAGAAGCACGUCCCCGGACAGAAGGAGCGCAGGGUCCCCGGGAGGCAAAGCAGAGAGGUCAAAUUCACUGCACUUAAGAGCAUCGAAUACAAUAAGGAGAACUUCUUCCUUGGAUACCAUAACUGGACAAUACCUUACAGGACAAUGGCCCAGAGAUCUUCAUGUGCACUACUCUUCAUGUAUGAAUGAUAAAUCCACGCAGACACCAAACUGCUGGGGGGAAGAAGGUCCAACAAAGAAAAUUAAUCAUCAGCGCUCGGCCUCUUGGAGCAGUGCUGAUCAACUCAAAGAGAUUGCCAAGCUAAGGCAACAGCUCCAACGUACCAAGAACAGCAGUCGUCUCCUCAAAGAGAAGGACAAUCAGCUGCCUGUGCAGGGCAAUCAUGUAGCGGUCACUCACACUCAGGGUUCAGCAUCCAAAUCUAUUCCUGUACCCACAACAAAUAUCUCUGUGCCAAAAUCCGUGGGGUCCAGAGCUGCGUGCAAUGUUGAAGGGAUAAGUCCAGAACUUGAAAAAGUCUUUAUCAAAGAAACAAGCGAUAAAGAGGAAAGUGUGAAGCCUGUAGAAAUUCCAGAUGGGAGAAGGGCACCAGUACCUUCCACCUGUCGGAGUAGCAGCACCCGCAGCAUCGACACACAGACUCCCUCAGUUCAUGAACGAAGCAGCAGUUGCAGCAGCAAUCAUUCACCAUGUGCUUCUCCAUCUUGCCCUCACGAGUCACAGGAAGGAAGUCCAUGCUCCGCAGAUGAUCUGCUCUUUGACCGAGACAAAGACAGUGGGAGUAGCUCACCGCUACCCAAGUAUGCCUCAUCCCCCAAACCAAACAACAGCUACAUGUUCAAACGAGAGCCUCCAGAGGGAUGUGAGCGAGUGAAGGUCUUUGAGGAACUGUCGACCCGCCCACCUGUCUCUACCGCUCUCUUUUCAUGCCCUGACAAAAACAAGGUUAAUUUCAUCCCCACUGGAUCAGCCUUCUGCCCAGUAAAAUUACUGGGGCCUUUACUACCUGCUUCAGAUCUAACUCUCAAGAACUCCCCAAAUCCUCCUCCAAGUUCUGCAGUGAAUCCCAUGACUGUUGAACACCUUUCAUCUCAGGUCUCCUAUUCGUCUCUGUCUGAUGGUGCCCCCAGUGCAGCCGGCAAUGAUGAAGACAAUGACCAUGCAUCUCCCCAAGAUCAACAGCUUGGGCUGGAACUACUGAAUGACGAUCAGUUGUCGGCACCCUCUCCUACUCACAACCAUGUUUUCAUGUGACCACCAGCAGAGCAGGACUCUGUUGCUACAAGAUGACUUGAAUCACCAACUUCUGCAUGUUGAUUGGUAAACCUUUCUGAUCAAUUAAAUAAAAAAAUGUACUGCUUAGCGUUUGCCAUUGUUAACUCGGACUGGGGCUGAACUUCUGUUUUCUCUUGACUAGCAACAAUUAGUGCAGGAUUCCCACUGUUCUAAUGAUAUUAUCUCUUUAUGGACUAUGCAUUGCACCGUACAUCUGAACAGGUAUAAUCUGCAUUCUUCUGUAUUCAUAAAUAUUCCUUAGCUUGA